AUGAUUCCAGUUUUUGAUAACGAUCCGAAAGCAGUGAUGCCUGAAUCCGAAGCUGCUCCACACUUAAACGAUGCUUUACCAGUGACCAACCGAACUUUGGGAAAAGAAAAGGCUCUCGUCUGCAUUGAACUGAAGAAACCACCCCUUGAUCCUGUCUUUGAAGAAGAAAUGAAGGAAUUCAGACUUGCUCUCCUAUUAUCCAAAGUCAAAACUGUGUUAGAGAAAAGUCAUCAAAAUGAUCCAGCUUGCAAUAUCAGUGGAUCCAAGGACGACAAUGGGAAAGAAAUUGAAGAUGAUGUUGAAGUCGAGGAAGCCGAUGCCGAAGACGAAAGAGUAAACGAAGAUGAAGAUAGCAAUGACGAUGAAUCUACUAAAAAUGAAUCUCCGAAUGAAGGAAACAACGGAGAUGAAGAUGAUGAUGGAGAAAACAAUGAUGAUGAGAAUGAUGACAAAAGGGACGAUGAUGAGGAGAAUGAGAAGAAAAAGGACGAUGAUCAAAAUGAUGACAUUGAUGAUGAUGAUGACGAUGAUGAAAAUUCAGACUAUGAUAGUGAAUCUCCUAUCAUAGGCAACACCGAACUCAUACCCGACAGAUCCCCCACACCUCACUCAUCUCCACCCAAGGACACUCCUCCUCGUGAUCCUUCCCCUUCUGUAUCUCCACCAACAAAUAGUCAGAAUGUUGCAAAUCCAGCAAGUGAUGGAAAAAUGGAAGCAUCACCUCGUGAUGGCAAAAUGGAAGCAUCACCUCGUGAUGGUAAACUGGAAACAUCGCCACGAGAACAUCAAGUCAUUCUUGAACACAGAAACGCUCUUCGCAAACUUAUGAGCGUUCAUCCCGAACAAGGCUAUAAUUUCGAAUCUCUUGAUCCCGAAAACAUCAUGCAGAAAAUGUUAAACACAGUCCAUCAAGCCGAACUUAUACAUCAACAGUUGUCCAAGCUUUCUAACUCCCCAUGUGCUGAUGCCAAAAAGGGGAAAAGAAAAGAAAUGAUGAUGAUGAGGACGAAAACAGAAAUCGAUCACCAUCUCGCCCAGAUGAAUCUAGAAGGAAUAAUGAAGGAAGAACCACGGGACAUGAAGAAGGAAGAAGCACAAGAUCCUCACCGAGAUCCACGAGACAUGAUGAAGAAAGAAACACGAGAUCUUCACCCCCAGCAUUUAGGUAUCGACAACAGCCCUCUUCAAGAUCCAAACAAUACCCUAUCAGACCUCGUCAAUCCUUCGAAUCCAAUUCAGAGUUCAUAUUUUGUGGAAAAACGAAUAGAGAGAACAAGAAUUUCCGCCAAAGGCUGA